GCUUGGGUGGUCAAGACUGCCGUACAAUCAUCUCCCACACUCAUCGCGCAUGAUACAUGAUCACCCUGUGCUCCUCAACAAAAGUGCAACCCUCCCGAUGGCUCUGCUUCUCUCACCAAGUACUGUUAAUGGCCGUUCCCGCUUUCACACAAGUCGUGCGUCUGAAAUUGGGUCACUGAAUUGCAUAUUUCAUAUUCCUUUUCCUGGCAAGUAUCAGUAGAAGAGGAGGAACAAUGGGUUUAUACUAAGUUUUUCAGAUGCCAGUCUACCAGCAAAAAUGAAACAAAGUUCGAAAAAAAUCUAUUGGACAAUGCAAGUAAUCUUCUGACUAAUUUGUUGAGCGGGGGUCGUAUUGGUAGAAUGCCUGUGGCAGAAGGCGCUGUUUCUGAUCUGUUUGGCCGCCCAUUGUUGUUUUCUCUAUAUGAUUGGUUCCUAGAGGUUUUUUGGAGCAUACUAUCAAAGCUUCCUAACUAGCUAUUGUGCCUGGGUUUCAUACAUUGUUUUUAGAAGCUAUGGUCAGUUUUUAGUAAAUGUUCAGAGAGCAUGGUGAUGAAGCUGGAAAAUAUGUAUCAAAUGGAAAAUUCUCCUGAAGGGCAUCUAAAGGUGGAUCUCGAAGCAGAGUUUUCUAGCUUGGCUCUCGACAUUAUUGGGUUGGGUGUCUUCAACUAUGACUUUGGCUCUGUCACAAAAGAAUCACCAAUCAUCAAGUUCCACGUCAGCGGAAGUUCCAUAGUGACCUCAAAGUUAUCAAUGAUUGUCUUGAUGAGCUCAUUUGCAAUGCAAAAAAAACAAGGAAAGAAGACAUGCACAAGUAAAGAAGGAGAAUGGGUGCAUGAACAAUGGAUCGUCCAAGACAAACAAUGGGACAUAUUUGGAUGUAUAAAUAGAAUUGGAGCAGACAGAGAGGCAUGUGGUGGUGGAAAACAGCAAAUCAUCAGUAAUGAGUUUAAACGGGAAACUGAUGUUGAGAAACUUCAACAAAGAGAUUACUCAACAUUAAAGGACGCAAGUUUGCUCAGGUUCUUUGAUGACAUGAGGGGAGAGGAUGUCGAUGAUCGGCAGCUUAGAGAUGAUCUCAUGACUAUGCUUAUAGCUGGACAUGAAACAACAGCAGCAGUUCUUACAUGGGCUGUUUUUCUACUUGCUCAAGGCGGACUUGCUGAAUAGUAUCUUGUGGUGCUGCUUUUAUACUGAUAAGAUCUGGUUUACUUCAAUGUACCAUCCCUCGAAAAUGGAGAAAGCCCAAUCAGAUAUUCAUAAAGUUCUUGAAUCAACUGAGAUCACUAUUGAAUCUAUUAAGAAGUUAGAGUAAGCCAUUCUGACCAUUCGACACAUGAUUGGUAUUGGAUACAUCUUGGAAAUUCUACAUCUGUUCAGUCUGAAGCUUUUUAUUUAAUUAAAGCCGUCUGCUUUGAGGAAAAGGAAGCAUAGUAAGAAAUUUAUCGUAUUGAAUCAUGAGGACAAAUACUGUAUAUAAUGGCAUUUGAUGUGACUAGCGAAUUCUCGUUUGGGUUUAAUCUCAUCCCAGAAAACCGUAUUACAUGUGUGACAUAGUAGAUAUCAUUGCGUUCGAAAAAUUGUCUCACCACUCCCACAACCGACUAAAAUAAACAAGUCAAAUUGCUUAUCUGUGAAUGUUAUGUGAUUUCAUUUCGUAGUCUCCGGUUUAUGCUCAUUACAGAAAACCUUAUUAGAUGUGUUUCAGAGUAGAUGUCAUUGUGUUGGAAAACUUCUGUCUCACCACUCCCACAACCAACUAAAAAAGACAAGUGAAUUUUCUUAUCAAUGAAUGUUAUGUGAUUUCAUUUCGUAGUCUCCACUCAAUUUUCUCUAUGCUCUUUCUCCCAGCAGUCUAUGGGUUGGUAGUGAUUCAGCUCCUCCUAGAAACCUUCCAACUCAUAUUUUUGCUGUAUUGUCCUUUUGUGAAUAGGCCUGAGAUGCUGCAUCCAUACCUCCUUUGAAGUAUUAUAAUUCAUAAAUGUGCGUAUAAAAUUUGGUUAUAUAUAGUUCAAGAUCUAAUUCAUAAUAAUUAUCUCGUCAGCUUCCCAAUAGCAUAAGAGGGAUUCUUUACAUAGGUUUUCCCUAUAUGACUGUCAAUAAAACCGUAUUAGAUGUGUGACAUAGUAGAUGUCAUUGUGUUCAAAAAAUUGUCUCACCACUCCCACAACCGACUAAAAUAAACAAGUCAAUUUGCUUAUCAGUGAAUGUUAUGUGAUUUCAUUUCGUAGUCUCCGGUUUAUGCUCAUUACAGAAAACCUUAUUAGAUGUGUGUCAGAGUAGAUGUCAUUGUGUUGGAAAACUUGUGUCUCACCACUCCCACAACCAACUAAAAUUGACAAGUGAAUUUUCUUAUCAAUGAAUGUUAUGUGAUUUCAUUUUGUAGUCUCCAGUCAAUUUUUUCUAUGCUCUUUUUCCCAAUGGGAGCAGUCUAUGGGUUGGUAGUGAUUCAGCUCAUCCUAGAAACCUUCCAACUCAUAUUUUUUCUGUAUUCUCCUUUUGUGAAUAGGCCUGAGCUGCUGCAUCCAUGCCUCCUUUGAAGUAUUAUAAAUCAUAAAUGUGCGUCUCAAAUUUGGUUAUAUAUAGUUCAAGCUUUAAUUCAUAAUAAUUAUCUCCUCAGCUUCCCAAUAGCAUAAGAGGGCUUCUUUACAUAGGUUUUGCCUAUAUGACUGUCAAUAUAACCCGAUUUGUUUCCUGCCUUCAAGACGUAUCCUAAUAGAUCGGGCUCAUUCUAGAUAGUUUGUACCAUAAAUUUUAACCGUAGUGAUUUGGUGUCUAGAGUAUUUCAUACUUGAUGUUUAUUGUGACGUUGUUCCUUUUUAAGGCACAAGAAAAACAAAUCAUAUUGUUGUUGAAAUCUGGAUACACCCACAGAUUUCUUUCUAAACACUCUUCAUCAUGAGCACAAAAAGCACAACAAAGUGCAUUGGCCAAUCAAUCUUACACUUAUAGCCACCAAUUUCAAAUGUACCAUAACCGUAAUGCUAUUUCAUCUACAUCAAACAUCAGGUUUUUCAUAAGGAAAAACCUAAUCAAUGGUUCAUGAAAAAACCCUAAUUUUCCCCUUUUUUUCUUGUUGGGUGGAACCCUAAAAAAUGUGUACUUUUCACCGAAGAAAUCAGAUAUAAGAAUGAACCCUUGAAAAUAACACUUCUUCCCCCAAAAAAAUAACACUUCUUUCAACAGACACUUCACCACGAUCUUCAUAAAGUAGCCUUUUAAGGAUUUCUUCGUUACUGAAUUUUCUUCCAUUGUCUGGACAUAUUGCUGAAACCAGUAGUUAUUGCCCUGUAUUUUACCACCCAACUCUCACUUCUUCAAUCUAACCUUGCUUGAAUACCAAGUUGAAAGAUAUUUGAUGUACGUCUACUAUAAAUAGCCACUACUGGAAGGAGGAGGAGAAAUAGAGAGAGAUUAGAGGAAAAAGAGAUAGGGGUGUGUGAGAGAGAGAGAGGGAGGGAGUUGCAUGAGAAUGAGAGAUAGAAAUGACAUGAUCCUUUCUAGGAUAAGUUAUGUAAUAAAUAUUAUUAUAGUUAAUGAUCAAAUUAUAGAAAUGCCCUUGUGUGAGCUUAUAACGUGUGCUAAACAUGUAGACUUAAUUGUUCCAUUUAUGCCCCUAAUUUACUGCUUUACUUUCAAAACUAUUCCUAUGGUGUUUUUGGUUCCUUGUGUUUAACAACUCAUGGUUUCCAUGUUCUCUUGGCAAGUUCUGUAGGACAACUGUGAGACCGGCUUUGUUUUAUGGAGGAUAUUGAGAUGGAUGAGUGGCAAGAGAAGAAGGGAUAGA